AUGGCUGCUAUAGAGCAUCGAAAUAUAGACCUUUGGUCGACGGAUCCAUUUGGGCAUGGGGAAUUCCUCCAUGAACCGCACGACAACUAUUUCCAAUACGCAAUCUCCGCCACUGAUGGGAUCGAGACUGAGAUCCCUGCUACUCGAUCCCAAGGCCAGAUCGUCCAGGACGAUACGCUGCAAUGGUGUCAAAUUAGCCUGUUCCUUCCACGGAGCCCUCCGCCCACUCUCGACCAGAUCCAGUGGACCUGGAAAGCUCUUACUUCCCAUCAUGCGUGCCUUCGAACUGUGUUCUAUGUCGAUACAAAGUCGGGGAACAUCUACCAGCGCGUCCGUCUCCGAGGGUCCCAAGUCGAAGCGAUAGAGGAUCCCACCUGGACUCCCCAAUCAUCCGCUCCCUCGACUCCAGGAGGAGAUACAACGCUUACUGAGGGCCAGGCACGAUUGACAGUGUAUCGGUAUCCCUUAUCACCACUCCAUCGGGUGACGCUUCAUGUCCACCGUGCUAUGGUAGAUAGCAGCUCGCUCAGCGUUAUCAAACGCGACUUCGCUCUGCUCUACUGCGGACUACCGCUACCAGAGCGUACUCCUCUUACAUGCUACUUCAAACAGCACCUAGAGUCCAAGGAUGACGGUGCCAGCCGCACGUUCUGGAGCGAGACCCUGAACGAUAUCCCUGCUGGUGCGCAUUCUACUGCCUACCCACCUAAAGAUGGCGGCCGGCGGGCUACUAUCUCGAUGACCUUGGGCGAGAGCUGUGCUACAGGACUAGCGCGAUUGGAAAGGGAAUGUGGGUGGUCCCGCCUGCUCCUUUUCGAAGCCUUGUGGGCAACAGUGCUCCACUACCACGCUGGUUCUCGCGAUGUCGUUUUCGCUGGAGUUCGCCGAGAUGCCAGUUUCCCUGGCGUGGACUCCUGCGUUGGAUUCCUCGACCAGACGUAUCCAGUGCGAGUCUCAGUGGAACCACAAGAAACGUUCAACAUGCUGUUCACCAAGUUAUGUGAUUAUCAUUCUUCCGCUUCCUCUCACGCAUACCUUGGUUAUAAGGACAUCGCCCGAUAUCUGCCCAAGCCUGUCGCUACUGUCAUCACCUACUCGCCGGGCCUGAACGGUCCUACAAACGCUGGGCAGCUCAUGGGAUUCCCUAUGGCGGUAUUCAUCACAGGGACUAGCCCAGUCCAGAUAACCUGCUGUUACAGCAGUGAGAUCCCCACGCUCGACGCCGAAGUUCUGCUACAGCACUUUGCGCAUGCCGUAUCCAGCGCCGUCCGAAAGUUCUAUCUACCUCACUCCCUUGUCGGCCACAUCGAAUUGGCCUCUGAGGAGGAGAAGAUGUGCCUCAUCCGUGGGACAAUGCAGACAGCCCGAACGGGGCAUCGACCGUACUCUACCAUUGUCGAGCUGUUUGAAGAACAGGCUGCACGAGUACCGGACUCCGAUGCAGUGCAGUUCGAGGACGAAAGAGCAGUCACAUUUGGUGAGUUGGACGCCCAGGCCAACCAGCUGGCUCGACUGCUUGGGCCGGUACGCGGUGAAAUCAUUGCUGUGUGCAUUGAUCGCUCAGUAGCCCUCAUAGUGACGUUGCUGGGAAUUCUAAAGGCCGGGGCUGCAUACACAGUUCUUGAUCCCGAUGGUUCAGUGGACCGUAAUCGCCAGAUCGUUGAGAGCUGUGACGCGGCACUUGUUCUGGCCAACCGUGCCUACUGUGGUAGUUUAGAGAACGCCCAGCCUAUCGAGGACAGUCUUUACAACUCCACGAGCCUGGAUGGAUCGAGGCUUGCUCUGGACCUGCAGCCAGAGGAGCGUUGCUACGUUAUCUACACAUCUGGGUCGACCGGGGCCCCGAAAGGCGUGGUUAUAUCCCACGGCGCUGCAGCGACGGGGAUGCAGUAUCAUUCCCUGAAUGGCCUUCAACGCUGGCUUCUAUUUUAUAGCCCUACUUUCUCUGCGGCCCAACGAACCAUGCUGUCUACUUUGGUUCACGGCGGCACGCUGCUCCUUUGCAGUAAACUGAAGCUCAUGACUUCACUUGCAACUGUAUUAAAGCAGAUGCGAGUGGACGCGCUUGGGAUUACACCAUCUGCCCUAUCCAUCCUCGAGCCGGUGCAGAUUCCAGAUGUGAAGCAGAUCACCCUGGUUGGGGAAAAGAUACCCCAUGAACUGGUCGACGCGUGGGCCGACAAGGUGCAUUUGCGCAAUACGUACGGCCUCAGCGAAUGCACGCAGCUGAACUUCAGCAACGUGCUGACAGCCGGAGAUAACCCAAGGGAUUUAGGACGCCCGUUGGAUACAACGCAAGCGUAUGUGCUGCAGCCUGGCACGACCGACCUAGCUCCCAUUGGGGUGAUGGGCGAGCUCUGCCUGGCCGGGCCACAACUCGCUUCGGGCUAUCUCAAGGACAUUGAGCAGACGGACAGGGUCUUCAUCCCGAACCCUUUCGGCAGUGGAAGGCUUUACCGUACGGGGGAUGUGGCCCGGGCCCUGGCCGAUGGGUCGUUUGAGAUUAUCGGCCGCAUCGACUUCCAGGUUAAGAUCAACGGCCAGAAGGUGAACCCAGCAGAGAUCGAUUCCAUCCUCGUCCAGCACCAGGAUGUCGCCACCUGCGCGACAGUCACACUGACCCACGCUGGAGGAUUGCGCCUGGUAUCCGCUAUUGUUGUGAAACCUGGAUCUCUGUGGUCUGCUGCCCUCCCAUCGCUUCGGCAGCAUGGCUCGAAGGCACUCCCGAGCUACAUGGUGCCCUCGUUUUGGAUGCAGCUGGAGAUGCUACCCGUGACGAGUAAUGGCAAGACGGACAUCAAACAAAUAGAAAGAAUGGCUGAACAACUGGGCAUCGCAGGCCUAGCACAAAUGAGCUCGACUGACCCGGGAUCAGACAGCAGCCCCCUGGACGACGUCGAGGCCAAGAUCGCUGGCGUAUGGUCUCAAGUACUGGAGGUUCCCUUGUCGACCAUCGGACGGACUCAUUCAUUCGUGAGACUAGGAGGAAGCUCGGUGGACGCCAUCAAGGCCCUUGCGGAGUUGCGUAAAUGCUCCCUGGUCCUUGAGCUGACAACUCUGCUCGACGACACUUCUUUAGAGAAGGCAGCUGCCAUCGCGGAUCGUCAGGAUGGUCAGGUAAACGACGAUGAUCCAGAACCGUUCUCACUAAUUGCCGACGAGGCCCACGACCUGGACAACGAUAGCAGUGUUAUGGACGCUUACCCAGCCACGCCGCUGCAGGAAAGCAUCCUGGCAACGUCGCUGCAGCUGGACGACGACCAUUAUGCCUAUCAGCGGGUGUGGGAUGUGUCUGCGCUGGACAAGAAACAGCUGCGCACAAGUUUCGAGUCUGUUUUUGCUACGAGUGAUAUUCUGCGGACAUCCUUUAUACCGCACAAACGUGGGUUUAUGCAGCUUCUGCGCGCGGGCUUGACCCUGCCCUGGAUCGAGCUGGAGCAGGAUCUUGAUGCGUAUCUUGCCGCGGACAAGAAGCAGAGGCUCUCAAUAUCUGGGCCCAUGGUCCGCAUUGCUCUCCUCUCCGACCAAUUCCUGGUCGUCACCAUGCACCAUGCGCUGUUUGACUUCUGGUCGCAUCGUUUCUUAUACAACGACGUCGCUGCCGUCUACCGCGGGAUGAGUUUGCUUCCCAGACCCCCGUUCAAACGUUUUGUCAAACAUCUAGAAAGGCUGGACAGGGACGAAAAUGACCGCUUCUGGAAGGGCUAUCUGCAUAACGUUGAACCUACCCAGCUCAACCUCGUUCCUGUGGAGCAGACCACCACCGUCUGGCAGACCCUGCCGCUCGAUCUGCGCAAGGCAUUGCAACCCCAUGGCAUCUCGGCCGCUGUGGCAGUCUAUACAGCAUGGGCCCUGGUUCUUGCCAAACGGACAGGGAGCCAGGAUGUGCUGUUUGCGACGACACUAUCUGGUCGCGAGACAGCUGUGCUGGAUGUGGACCGGCUCGAUGGACCGACACUCACGCUGGCGCCGCAACGCAUAUCCGUCAGACCAGAGGACUCGCUGCUCGAGCUGAUGCGCAGGGCCGGCCACGGACUGCUGCAAAUCUUCCGAUACAGUCCCCAUGGCAUGAGAAACGCCCUCGCCGCCGCACAGCUGCGACCAGGCUGCAUGGACACUAUGGUCAACAUCCUCAUAUCUCCCGAUGAGCACAAGGUCGACACCGAACAGCUUUUCCGACCUGUUGGCACACGGCCGGUGUGGCAGUCGGAAUUCACCACUCUCGAAAUCACGGAUGUCGAUGGCCAGAUCAGUGUGAUGGUGACGGGGAAGAUGCACGAGCGACACGCGCAGUUCGUCCUGGAAUCAUUCUGUCGUACCAUCGAGGCCAUUGUGGAACGUCCUGACCAAGCUGUCGAGACAGUCGCUGUGAUGGGCGACAGUGAACGAGACUUCCUGUCCAACGAGUUAUCGAAUCGCAAGAACCUGCAUGUCCCGAAACCAGAGCUGUUGCAUGCUGCCUUUGAGAGACACGCUGUGCAAUCUCCGGACGCCAUUGCCAUCGACUGGAACGGGGAGAAACGAGUUACAUAUGCGCAGUUUGACCAAAUGGCCAACCAGAUGGCCCAUGCCCUCGUCCAGGGCUUCAAUGUAUCGGUGGGUGAUAUCGUCCCCUUGGUGUUGGACAAGUCCAUCAACACCGUGGUCGCUCUGCUCGCUGUGAUGAAGGCCGGCGCGGCGUAUGUGCCCCUGAGUCCUGACAACCCGUCCGAUCGUAAUGACUUUAUCAUCAACGAGACCCAGGCCCGAAUAGUCAUCACCGAGGCCCAGCACUCUGCGACGAUUGGUGUAGACAUCCCACGGCUGUAUGUCGACGAGGCACAGCUGGCCGACUUGCCCUCCGAUACCCCCACCGUCAACGUCUCCCCCGACUCCCUGGCAUACCUGAUCUACACGUCCGGUAGCACGGGGAUGCCGAAAGGCGUCAAGGUCCCCCAUCGAGCCGCGGCAGCAGCCGUUGUGAGCAUGGCCCAUGUCGAGGGUCGCCUCCACGGGGAAUGGCGGACCCUGCAGUUCGCCAACUACGUGUUCGAUGCAUCUGUGCAAGAUUUUUUCAACACUCUCAGCACUUCAGGGACGCUGUGCAUGGGGCCAACAGACACGCUGCAGUCCGACCUACCGGAUGCUAUCCAGGCGAUGGCAGCGCGACAGUCAAUCCUCACUCCGACGGUGGCCCAGCUGCUGAAUCCCGAGGACGUCCCUGGACUGGAGACUCUGAUCGUGGGAGGCGAGCCCCUGACAAAAGCCGUCAUUGAGAAGUGGCUCCCUUAUUCCCGGAUCCUGAAUGUUUACGGGCCUACCGAGACUUCAAUGGUAGUGUCGACCAAGGCUGUCACCACCGCGGAACGACCAAAUAACAUAGGUGCGCCGUUUCCAACGGUCAUGGCACUUAUACUACAACCGGAUGGGCUUGACCUGGUGCCGUAUGGCGCUCCGGGGGAGUUGUGCAUUGCAGGCCCACAAGUCACAGACGGAUACCUGGCUCGAGAUGAGCUUACUGAUUCUGUUUUUGUACGCAACGAACUGUUGCAAGUGGAGCGGAUGUAUCGCACCGGAGACCUGGCACGUUGGCUCCCAGGGGGUGAAAUCGAGUGUCUUGGCCGCAAGGACAAUCAGGUCAAGAUCCACGGCCACCGAAUCGAAUUGGGAGAAGUCGAGCAAGCCAUUCUGCAGACAGGACUGGUGGAGACCACGGUAGUCAUUCCAGUGCAGGUUAAUGGGAAGCCGCAGCUGGGGGCUUUUUGCAUCUUCCAGUCGUCCCAGUCCAGCGACAUCGAAGAUGCUGCCCAAUUCCGCGGGUGUAUCCAUGAUCUCCGGGACCAGCUGACAACGUUGCCUUCCUAUAUGAUCCCCAAAUACGCGUUCCCCCUGGGGGAUUUCCCCAAGUUGCCGUCGCGGAAAACGGACCGGAAAGCCCUAAAAGCACGUGUGGAACAAAUGGACGCCCUGCAGAUAAAACAAUACAGCACCGACUAUGAAGCAACCAGGCACGAGGUUACUCCCGUCGAGACCGACGCAGAGAUUGCGCUGGAGGAACUAUGGUCCAAGGUGCUUGCCGUGGCCCCCGAGAAUAUAGGUAAAAAGGCGAAUUUCCUGGCCCUCGGUGGUGACUCGAUCGCGGCCAUUAGUCUCGCCAGUCUGGCUCGCGGCGCGGGCUACACCCUCAGCGUGAAGAAUAUCUUGAAAGCCCCGAUAUUGGAGGCAAUGGCUGUCACUAUGCAGAGGGCGGACUCGCCAGAUACUACUGCAGUGCGGGCGUUUGAGACCCCCUUGUCGGUGACCCAGGCUGUGCAGCAGGAGGGUGGACUGCACUUCGAGGACGUCGACUAUGUAUAUCCUGCACCCCCCGGUCAAGUCGAGUUUCUCGAGCAGGGCCACCGACCAGAGCAAAUGUGGGUGCUCAUGGCAGUCCGCCGGAUGCCGGUUGAUUUCGACCAAGCGAAAUGGAUUGAAGCCACAACAAAGAUGACGGAAGUGGAUGAUAUCCUCCGUACAUCGUGGCUCCGAGUCUCCAAUGUCGAAUGGUAUGGGGUCGUGCUCAAGCAGACCUCUCCUGACAUCGUCGUCGCGUCCUGCGGAGAUGACAAGGAACGAGAGAAAUUCCUCGAACAUUUCUGGGAACAGAGAUUCGCAUUCGGAAAACCAUUUAUCAAGUAUGCGAUUCUGACAUACCCAGACCAGACCUGUGAUAUCGUGAUCAAAAUGGAUCACGCCGCGUACGAUGGAACCCUGCUCCGCAUCUUCGACGACCAUUUCUCUGCCCUCUGCCGGGGAGCGCAGGUCCCAGAGCACGGCCAGUUCCGUGACUUUGCUUUCAGCGUGUAUCAGUCGGACCGCGAGACGACGAGAGAGUUUUGGAGAAAGACACUGGCUGGCAAACGCCACCGCUUCCCAGACUGCGAACGGCCGCGGAUCACAGCCUCUGUCAAGAAACUGAUCACGACGGACUUGGACACUAUAGCCCGCGCAACAGGUGUCACCAUCCCCAUUGUCUUCCAGGCCGCAUACCAACUAUGGCUCAGCCAAGCCACUGGCGGGCAGGAUGUGAGCUUUGACUACCUGCUCAGCGGACGCAACGUCGACCUGGGCACGAUCGACCCCCAGAGCGUCAACGGUACACUUGCCAACUUCCUACCAGUGCGCAGCCGUGUAGAUCCCUCGACUACACUGGGCGACUACCUACAAGAGACACAGGACAUGUUCUGGGCGGUAACGGAGAGCGGUAACAUAGGGUUAGACGAGAUCUACUCGGCGGCGGGCAUUUCACGCCAUGAAGCCGGGAACAAGUCGCUGUUCCUGUUCCAGCCCUUCGAGCCGAGCACCGUCCAGAGCGACCAUCUUCGGUGGCUGGUCAUGGCCAAGUCUCAGGUCCGCAUGUUUCAGCCGUACGGGCUGGUUGUUGAGGUCGCCAGGGCACAUGAGGGCCAGCACCGGCUGACGGUCAUGUACGACCAGGAUGUGUUCAACUACGACCGGGCCACUGAGAUUGGGGAGGAUAUCAUGUAUCUCGUGCAAAGAAUAGCGGACUUUGGGCUGGAGCCGCAGGUCAGUCUGCAGAACGUUCUUCAGGACACAUCUAAGCCGUCACACGAGAGGUAG